GUCGCACCCCAUCAAAACGAUUAUCAUGGUUUGGUUGGUAGAUUAUUUCCUUACUAGUUUCUCUUUGUACCCCUCUCUGGGAUAAAACAGUUUAGCUUAAUAGUGUUUAUAUCAUCAACUAUUACACUUUACCAGCAUAUGAAGAGUUGCAUUUCGCGAAAGGUCGUGUAUGUUUUGUUUCAGUUAACAGAUAAACCGGAAGUAUCUUUUUGACCAAUCAAAUAUCAAGUUUUAAUUUAGCCCUAAGCGUAAACAUGGAUGCGCCCUGUGUUUUCUUCUAACGAAGCAAAGUUGUGAAAUUUUGCAAAAGAGGUCUUACGUGUUGUUAUUGUUCAAUGAAAAGUUGAAAAAGUACUAGAAACAAAAACAUAUAUGAUAUUGAACUCUUUAGUGUACAGAACUAGUUUUAUAUGUUGUUUCAUGAAAAAAUACACGCGGUGAAGACCGUCGACGAUUUGAUCAUUGUCCGGCGUUGUGAAAUCCGAGACGUAACUAGUCAUGAGUCGGAAGAGGACACAAGCACUUCCUGAUAUUUAUAAACCAAAAAGAAGGUUAUGUUCAGCAGCCACAACAUUGGCCAGCAAUGGCCAGACAACAAUCAAUGUAUUACAUGGAGAAAUCGACAAUGUAAUUCUUAAUGACACUCACACCUUUUUGAAUCGGCUGAGGGGACUUUUCCCUGCAGAUAAAUUUAAGCAUAAACUGCCACCAAUUGUCCUGAAGCACCAGCUAUAUGGAAUGAUGAAUGACCGAACCAAAGUGGAUCAGGAGCUGAAUGACCUAAGGAAACACGGGCUGAUCAAGUUGUUCAAACUGGGACCGGAGGCGGAUGAGUACUGUAUUCUGUUUACCAGUGACUACGAGGAACAUGUGAAACAGACAAUGAAAGGCUUGUCCAUCAGUCCUUUAUUGAUAGAGAGAUUUAGUUCUAAUGUUGUCAAAAAGUGUCAAGAUGUCUGUGUGACUAAAGAGACACUUAUGAAGGAUUACAGAUUCUCUGACUCGGAAAUAACACAACUUGUGAAAGCCUCUGUGAUAACCGUGAAAGACAUUGGAAACUGGUGGCUAGCUAUUCCCAAUGCUGGCACAUUUAUGAAGUGUUUUCUCCGAGGCAGGAAAGCUGUCCUUACAAUGAUCAGGAAGUGUAAAUACAAAGAAAUACUCAGAAAGGAUCUAGAACAACGAAAAUGGCCAAAGAUCUGUCGCCUUGGAUUGAUAUACCACGUACAUGAUAUAAUAGGAGGAGAACUAGUCCACUGCGUUCAGACUACCUCAGGACAACUUCUAAGACUAAAAGAAUGACAGUGCUACGCAUUUUUUGUUUAAGUGAUGGAUGUAUGAUUGAGAGAAUCUCAAAGCCUCGGUGGAGUAAACGGUGACAGAUCACAAGGUCGUGGGUACACCUGGUACCUGUUUACCUCACCCCAAAUUUGUAAUUCCAAAUCAAAAUGCCAUAAUACCAUGGUGAUCUAUUUAUUGUUUAAAACACACAGGGUCUAUAUAAGCUAAUGCACAGAUAAUACUACAAGUACAAGUCUCUUGGAACUUGUUAGCUGUCUUUGCAAUUUGUGAAGUUACUUUUCAAUAGCUGUUGGGAGGCCCACAUUUCACAUCAACAUCAUCAAUAAUAUCCUAUACUUUUUUUUAUUCUUUGAAUUGGUUUUUGUGGAUAAUUUUAAGGUAUCCAACUGGUUUUUCCCCCACAUUUUAUGAGACAGAGCUGCAGGCAUACAUCAUUUCUUUGAUACACUGGAACUGUCGUAAAUGUAGGAUGUGUUAGUCUGAAAAAAACGUUUUCUCUAUGUUUAUGUCAAGAAAUUGAAAUAUGUUCUUUUAAAAUUCAGUGGUACAGCAAAAAUUAUUCCAAAAGAUUUGUUGAGGGGAACAAAAAUACAAGGUUUCAAUGUUUUAUGAAACUGUGUGCAGUACUUUUUAUCUGUGCCAUCAGCAUUAUAUACUUGUGUUUAUUUUAUAUUUUACACAGUAAUUCCUUUAUAAGCUCUAUCCUGUAAGAACAUAUGUUUAAUCAUGUAUGUACUUGAGUUUACAAGCAUUAGACAUAUGUGAUGACGUCAACAAACCCACAAAGUAUUCAGAGUCCUCCAUAUUGUAUUUUGUAUCACAUGAUUUUAUUAAAGAUUAUGAAGUCAGCUGACACAAAAGUUCAAUGAGAGAACAAUUAUCCAGUGCUAUACAGGAUUUGUUAAUUGAUCAAUUCCAUUAUUUGGGUACUUCAUAGUUUGAAAUAUUUUGUGUUUCCUGCUAAAACAAAGCUACAUAAUGUCAGUGUUUGGGAGUAAGUAGAUUUGGUGUCGUCAAUAACAUGACACUACCCCAGUUAGUAUAAGUUUUUCUAUAUUUAAAUUUCCAAAAUUACAGAUAUUGAAUGUUUCUUACGAGUUUUUGAAUCAUUUUCUGGUAGUGUCCCACUAUGGUGAGUUUGAAGCAUUUUCUGGUAGUGUCCCACUAUGGUUAACGUACCAAUUUUGUUAACACUGUGUUAUCUUCUUUCCUUUGGAAUUCCAGAAUUGCAGACUUUCGAAAUAGGAAGAACUAAAUAUUUGUGUCUGUAUUACAGAUGUUCAUCCAUCUGACUUAUUUUGUGAUAUUUGGUGGGGAAUUGGUCCUUAUAAGUGAGGACUAGUGAAUGCAAGCAGGAUACAAUAUGUGUCGAGUCCCGCUACAUGGCAGGUAGAUCUGUCAUACUGGCAGUAUGGAAGGGAGGCAAUUCAGGCUAGCAGAAAGUCCCCAAUUUGUCAUCCGAUAUGAUUCUUUUUAACUUCUCUGGCACUCCAUACAUCUGAUCUUAUAUUUGGCUUCCGUCUGUUUGUCAAUUUUAUAUAUUUUUUCAACUGCUUCUCAACCUAGUUAAAGUUUUUAACCACUCUUCAUACAAAAAUUAAGAUCACUGAUAGCCAUGAAAAAGUAAUACUGUUUUUUUCAGCCUAUUCGAAAUCCAUAAUGGUUGUGCUAGCCUCUGAUUGGCCAAGGCAGUUUUCAUUUUAAAGCUGAUCAUUUAUAACCAGUCUUGGUGCAAGGUUUAAUAUUUCAUUCAAAUGAAGCCGAUUUAUGCAAGGAGACAAUGCAAACUAAGUUCAGCAGGUUUUAUAGCCCUGAUAAGGAAUCUAACUGAUGUGUGAAACAGACCCCAUGUGCCUCUUUUUAUUGUUAUGUCCUACAGCCAUCCCUAAUUUUAUUUUAUGUCACUUUUCUACACUUAUACCUGUUGUUUGCUGCCUUGUUCCAUUUAUCUUUCAACUCCUGAUAAUUUGUAUCUAGGUUAAUGUUGUUUGUUAACAUAUAUGUAAAAUAAUGAUUUUAUUGUUAAAUGCAUGUGGUGUAAAACCGUUACAUUCUGUAUAUAUGUUAGUCAAAUGCCUGCUGUUUUAUAAUAAUGUCUGAUUGUUUAAAGCUGUGAUUUCCCUGUUAUUUACAGUUUUGUUGAGAAACAACCUGUUCUGUUGUUUGUUUUAAAAUUUGUUCUUUAUGUGUUUAUCCUUACAUUACAUAUGUGUGGUUAUUGCUACGAUACCUGACCUAGCUGUUACAAACAUUGCAGAUAGUCCCCUCAUUGGUUCAGGGUUAAAAUGUAAAACACCUGUGUAAUACACAGGUUAGUCCGAGUUUCCUCUGGCCCCGACACCAGACUUAGACAUAUUGACAGAUAGAUGUCUGGUGUGUGUCUAAGUCUGGUCGGGGCCAGAGGAAACUCGGGCUAUAAUCAGGGAGGCUAGUCCUAGGGCACUUCACUAAUUCUCAAUUUACACAUUAUGCAUUUCAAAAUAUGACUCAUUUUUGUAACUUUUUAAUAAGUGGGUGGGCUUAAGACCGGGCACUGGUUUAUCACAGGUAAACUACACCGUUACAUAGAAUUUGUCCGAGAACUGUCCUUACUUGUUUUUAUAUUAUGAUAACUGGUACAUAUAAUACAACUGAACAUACUGACAACAGAGGAAAUCUCUCCUUAGUGUACAGUGUUUUGAAGAUAAUCCUUUGGAAUCUUAUCAAAAUUUUGUGUAUUUACUAGAAUUUACAUAGCAUUAAUUCAAGGUGGGAAAUGUGUUCAUCUCAAUGGGUCCUUUACCAAUCUUUACAUGUAGCUGUAUGUAGGUGUCAUUAUAAAGCAUCAUGCAAUAAUACUGCAUGUAUAUAAAAGUUAGCUCCAAAGAAAAUAUAUUCCAAACAUUUUGUAUUGGAAUUUAAUUAACUUCUGAGGUAUUUUCCAUUAUCAUUGAAAAGAUUGAUUUCCUUAAAACAGUUGUAUUGAUUUGUACUCAAACUAGUUGUAAUUUUAUACAAGCUGUAUUUAUAAAGUUUGAUUUUAUCUGAAAUCUGUAAAUAAACAAUCCUAGAUUGGGAAAGAUUUGUUUUUCUCAAUACAUCUUGGUCUUCAUAAUCUUAGUGUUUCAUGCUAGGUCUUUGUGUAGAGGUAAUAUGGGAUGUUCUCUUUAAGUCUGGUGUUCAUUUUGAAGAGUUGUCCUUUACAGCCAAGUGUUCUGUGUGGAGGUGUCCUUUACAGCCAGGUACAUUGUAGAGACGUCCUUACUAGCCAGGUACUUUGUAGAGAUGUCCUUACUGGCUAGGUACUUUGUAGAGAUGUCCUUACUAGCCAGGUACUUUGUAGAGAUGUCCUUACUAUCCAGGUACUUUGUAGAGAUGUCCUUACUAGCCAAGGUCUCGGUAGAGAUGUCCUUACUAUCCAGGUACUUUGUAGAGAUGUCCUUACUAGCCAGGUACUUUGUAGAGAUGUCCUUACUAGCUAGGUUUUGUAGAGAUGUCCUUACUAGCCAGGUACUUUGUAGAGAUGUCCUUACUAGCUAGGUUUUGUAGAGAUGUCCUUACUAGCCAGGUACUUUGUAGAGAUGUCCUUAC